GAACCAACUCAGUUAGCUCACUUCUCAGUCAUUUGAUUUGCUGAUGUUGUAUUUGCAGUAGCGCGCCACGGUCUUGAGCGGCAGAGCUUGCAGGUUGGAUAAGUUAACUUGGUAUCCACGUCAUUCCUUGAAGAACUGCAACCGAUUUUGAGCCCAGAGUAUACGCAGUUAAGCAGGGGCCAUGGCCUUCUUGGGUACUGCCGCUGUGAGCAGGGUGUUGAGGGGUCGUGCCCCCCUGUCCCCCCUCUGCCGUGCUGCUGGACGCCGCUACAGCGCGGCCGCCUCCUCCACGGAGCACCAGACCAAGGAGAAGAACGUGCCCUACCAGAAGACCCUCAAGCAGGACCACGAGGCCUACCGCGGCCCCACCAAGACCCUGCCCCGCUCCGCCGACGCCGUGGUGAUCGGGGGGGGCAGCCUGGGCUGCCAGACCAUCUACCACCUGGCCAAGAUGGGCAUGACCAACGUGGUGCUGCUGGAGAGGGACCGCCUCACCGCGGGGACCACCUGGCACACGGCAGGCCUGCUGUGGCAGCUGCGGCCCAGUGACACAGAGGUGGAGCUGCUGGCCCACACGCGCAACGUCAUCAGUCAUGACCUGGAGAAGGAGACGGGCCUGGAGACCGGCUGGAUCCAGAACGGAGGCCUCUUCAUCGCCUCCAACAAGCAGCGCCUGGACGAGUACAAACGCCUCAUGUCGUUGGGGAAGGUGUACGGCAUCGAGUCCUACGUCUUGUCGCCGGCGGAGACCAAAGAUCUGUACCCGCUGAUGAACGUGGACGACCUGUACGGAACUCUCUACGUGCCCAAAGACGGCACCAUGGACCCAGCGGGCACCUGCACCACCCUGUCCAGAGCCGCCACCGCCCGCGGUGCCUCGGUGAUUGAGAACUGCCCAGUGACAGGUAUCCAGGUGAGCACAGAUGACCUGGGGGUGAAGCGGGUGAAGGCUGUGGACACGCCCUUUGGCAGCAUAGAGACUCCCUGCGUGGUCAACUGUGCAGGUGUGUGGGCCACUAAGCUGGGGGACAUGGCUGGGGUCAAGGUGCCUCUGAUCGCUAUGCACCACGCCUACGUUGUCACAGAGAGGAUCGAGGGCAUCCAGAACAUGCCCAACGUCAGGGACCAUGAUGCAUCUGUCUACCUGCGUCUUCAAGGUGAUGCCCUCUCAGUUGGAGGCUACGAGCAGAACCCUAUCUUUUGGGACGAGGUGUCUGAUAAGUUUGCCUUCAGCCUGUUUGAUCUGGACUGGGACGUGUUCAUGCAGCACAUUGAGGGAGCGGUCAACAGAGUCCCCGCACUGGAGCAGACCGGCAUCAAAUCCACCGUCUGCGGACCUGAAUCCUUCACUGCGGACCAUAAGCCGUUGAUGGGGGAGGCGCCGGAGGUGCGAGGGUUCUUCCUGGGCUGUGGCUUCAACAGUGCAGGGAUGAUGCUCGGAGGAGGCUGUGGGAGAGAGCUGGCUCACUGGAUCAUCCACGGACGCCCCGAAAAGGACAUGUACGGCUAUGACAUCAGGCGGUUCCAUCACUCUCUGACCGACAACAACCGCUGGAUCCGUGAGCGGAGCCAUGAGUCCUACGCCAAGAACUACUCCGUGGUGUUCCCCUUUGACGAGCCGCUCGCCAGCCGCAACAUGAGGAGGGACCCCUUCCACCAGGUCCUGCAGGAGCAGGGCUGUGUGUUCCAGGAGAGGCACGGGUGGGAGAGACCUGGAUGGUUCAACAGAGAGGGACCUGCUCCGGUUUUGGACUAUGACUACUAUGGAGCAUACGAGCUUCCCAGAAACUCAGAUUACAACUACAACAAGCUGCUUGGAAAAGAGUACACUUUUGACUUCCCCGCUCAUCAUGACGUGAUUAAGGAUGAGUGUUUGACCUGCAGAAAUGGAGUAGCUGUCUUCAACAUGUCCUACUUUGGCAAGUUCUUCUUGACUGGCCCAGAUGCAAAGAAGGCAGCUGAUUGGCUGUUCACAGCAGACGUCAACAAAGCCCCAGGUUCCACUGUGUACACCUGUAUGCUGAAUUCGAAGGGCGGGGCUGAAGCUGACCUCACAGUCAGUCGACUGGAACCAGGCGCUGCCCAUCUCCCCCUGGCCCCAGAGUCUAAUGGUGAUGCAUACUACCUGGCCAUUGGUGGAGGUGUGGCGCAACACAACUGGUGCCACAUCCAGACCGUGCUGCAGGACCAGGGAUUCCGCUGCACCCUACAGGACCACUCGGAAGAUAUGGGCAUGAUCAGCAUCCAGGGACCCAAGAGCCGGGAGCUUCUCCAGGAGAUUGUGGAUGCAGACCUUAGCAACGAAGCCUUCCCCUUCUCCUCUCACAAAGUAGUGACCGCUGCUGGACACAAGGUGCGUGCCAUGCGGCUGUCGUUCGUGGGCGAGCUGGGCUGGGAGCUGCACAUCCCCAAAGACUCCUGCAUGCCUGUCUACCAGGCCGUCAUGGCCGCCGGCGCCAAGCACGGCAUCAUCAACGCCGGCUACAGGGCCAUCGACUCGCUCAGCAUAGAGAAGGGAUACAGGCAUUGGCACGCUGACCUGCGCCCUGAUGACACACCUUUGGAGGCGGGGCUUGCGUUCACCUGUAAGAUGAAGAGUAAGAUCCCCUUCCUGGGGCGCGACGUGCUGGAGGCCCAGAAGGCCACUGGACUGCGCCGGCGAAUCGUCUGCUUCACCGUCGACGAGAAAGUGCCCAUGUUUGGUCUGGAGGCCAUCUACAGGAACGGCGUGCCCGUGGGUCACCUGCGUCGCUCGGAGUACGGCUACGCCAUCGACAAGACCAUCGGCUACGGAUACAUCCGUGCUCCAGAGGGAGGCGUGGCGAACCCUGACUUUGUGCGUGGCGGAGAGUUCACCUUGGAGAGAAUGGGGGUGGAGUACAAGGCCAAAGCCCACCUGAAGUCGCCCUUUGACCCUGAGAACAAGAGGGUGAAGGGUAUCUACGACGCACCCCUGGAUCAAAGCCAGCUGCACGCCAGGAUGUAACUGCCCCCCACCCCCUCCUACCCCCCGACCCUCUUGCCCCUCCCUCUCUCUCGCCCUGCAAGUGGAGGAUGGGUGUGUCUACAGCUGGAGGGGGGCGGAGUCGGUGUUUGAUGCACCAAUCACGUCAGAGGAUUGUUUGUGAGCUGAGUCGCACAAAGAUAACGUGAGGGGCUGAAAGGGGAGGGUUCUAAACCCGCCCUGAUCACGCCCACAUUUUACGGUGGAGAAAUAAGCCGUCUGUGCCUUCAAGUCAAGGAUACCACGCCAUUUCAUUUUUUUUCCUAAAAAAAGCAAAGAAUUUAAGUGAUUUUGUAAAGAAAUAUUUGUGUUUUCCAAAAAAAAAUAAUGUACCUUUUAAUCACCAGUCCGAGUAUUAAACAACAGCUGCUGUAGCCGCAGGUGGGUCAGAGGACUGUGGUGCUGAUUGUUGUGCUGUCCAGAUACCAUGUACUGUACACAAUCAUGUGGUAGAUUUUAGUGAAAUCUCAUUUAUUUGGUGCAGUUUAUUUUUUCUUCUUGGCAUUUUUAAAACAGACUCCUGUGGAACCAACAUUAGAUUUCUGAAAUGAUGAUUUACUGACGAAUGUAAAAUUGUACUAUGGUCAGUGUUUUUAAACAGAUGAGCUAGCUAAUCUACAAUUGUACAUACAUACAUAAGUAACAACUUGAUUUCUCACACAAUGACAACACCACCAGUUAUAAUCCACUACAAAGUCUUUUAAAGCUGAAUGAAAGUGAAUGUGAAAGUUUUUUGUUCUGCCGAUCUGCAGAUAGUUCCUGAGGGAUAGUUGCUAAAGCAACAGCAAAGCAUUAUUAUGGGAUAUUCCCUCGCUCGAUAUCGUGUUUGUAUCUGGCAAGGUUAGAGAUGAAUAGUGUAAAGCUGUGCAUGCAGGACCUUGGAGUCAUGCCCUUUUUAAUCACAAAGAGAACUGAUUUUAUAUCAAUCUAUGCCAGCCGUCCUACUGUAUUUUAUGCAAGGCCGAGUAGAAAUGCUAAUGCUAGCCGCUAAUGCUUUGAGUGACAUUUGAAUGCAGUAGUUCUGUCCUGACAGAGUACAGUGUCAUCAAACCUCUGUGCUCUUUUGGAAAUAAAGAUUUUAUGUUCUAUGCA